GUGGCGACUAUAUAAGCGAGGUUUGUUUACGCUCCAGGUACUCGAGAAGUUGGUUGUUACGUAUAUAACAGAGGGCUGUGUUAUAUUCUAGAAUUUAAUCAAAGUUCAAAGUUAAAGAUGGCGGAGGUUACAGCGACACCGGUGGUCGUCACCAACGGAACAUACAUUCGUCCAUACACCGACGCUUGGGUGAUAGCGAGUACAGUUUUCAUUUCAACUUUCUUUGCAUUUGGAGUUUGUGCAAAUUCGGUCACAAUCGCCGUUAUAAAGACAUCAAGACACCUUAAGAGCCGAUAUUAUUCUUUCCUGCUAAGUAUGUGUUUCUCUGACCUCACAUCCGGUUUCGUCAGCAUCUUGUUCCUCUACCGCCGCACGUGGGGGUUCGACUAUUUUGAGUGGCCAGAAUUCUUCUGCAGGCUUUAUUGGGGACUUGAUUUAUGGACCUCGUUUUCUACCGCCCUCCAUAUACUCUCGUUCGCCAUCUUGCGGUUGGUUGGAGUGAGGUGGCCGACGUUGUUCAAACAAAUAUCACCAACGCAUAUGACUAUAUGGAUAUCCAGUAUAUGGGUGAUUACUUUCCUCGGUGGUUUUAUUCCUCACUUUCUAUUCAACACAGUGAACGUGAUUGACAGGUUUAACGACCCGAGUUCAGCAAGAUGGGCCUCAUGCAGCUUGUCGAGCUACUGGUUCACCACAUGGCAACAAUACGUACAGGUCGCUUACGGUUUCUAUUUAUAUCUGCCAGCUGUGGCGAUCAUUGGGAUAAGCAUCGCGAUCGCUGCGUUACUAAAACAAAGAAAGAAACCGGGGGAUUGUUACGUCAUAAAGAACACAAUCGCGGUGUCCAGCGUGUCGCAAAUUAUCGAAUCCUCCCCAAACCUCCACACGUCACGUCGAUCGCUGAAGAUGACGUCACAAUUACGUAGGCAGAAAAAGGAUCGACAAGCCAUCUUACAACUUUUUCUCAUCGUCGGUUCGUUCCUGUUCGGAUAUAUUCCAUUGACGGCGUUCCACUUUUACACUGGUUUUACCAUCAACAUCAGCAACAACGUCAUUAACGCUUUUGAUUGGAGGUUCGCCAUGGUUCAAUACUUAAUGCUGAGGUUUAGUGAAUGCAUGAACCCAGUGUUCUAUAAUCUUGCGUCGGGCAAAAUGCGCGGCGAAACCAAAAAGUUUUUGGCCAAACUUUGUCGAUGUAUCAACGCUGAUGACGUCAUCACCAGUCAACGUGGAGUCGCUUCGACGAGUGGUAUAUGACAUCAUAAACAUAUUUAUUGUGUGAUUUUUGUUAAAACAUAAUGCCUCAAUAUACAGUUGUUACGUCACAGAAGGCCCUUAAUUUGUGAAAGGAAAUUUAGCGGGAGGAUGCAUUAUGACGUCAUAUAUAAACAAAGGAGGCGUCAUAUUUGCCCAUUAUUAUGAAUGACGCAACAGUUCAUUAAAUAAAGCGAAAGCGAUUGAAACAAUGGAUCGCGGUUUAAGGCUGAGCCAAAAUAGACAUUAUGACGUAAUAAACGAAACGAUUUUUGAUUAGACAAUGCAAGUGUGAUGUGACAAUGUCGGUUUGUUUAAAAUUAAUUAUUUCGUCACAUCCGCUCACUUGUCAUCCACCGGUGGUCGCCAUGGAAACCAGGUAACUCGGGGUCGGUUAGCUGGUCACGUGGUGUGUCAGUUUCGCGUUUUCGCGAUUAAUGGAAGGAUAUAAGUUGUGACGAUAGAAAGGAGCAUUGUCUGUGGACCAUUGUAAGCUCAUUGUUACGUCACUAUCGAAGUCAGAUUUAGUCCAGAAUAAUUGUUUAUUACGUCAUAAUAUGUGCCGAUUGUUGAAAAAUGAAUUAAAAAUUCGAAGAUUUGGUUUCGAGGGCUUCGAGGCAACGGAUUUCCAAACUUCGAAGUUACCACCAAAGUUGUUCAUUGUUUAUCGCGUCAUCAUCUUCGUGUAUUGGACAUCUAUGUUGGGGGAAAGAUUCGCGGCGCACGACGAUAAAAUCCGAUUCUUUUUUUAUCUUUCUUAUUGGAACCAAAUAAUGGUCGGGAUCUAUUUCGGCUUCGCGUGUUUCUCCGCUGUGCAUGGGCGGAUGAAUAUCAAACAACGAUCAAGUUCAAGCCACGUCAUGGAUGCGUCAUCGGAAUCUAAAAACCUUAGCGAUACGUCACCAGACAGACCUGACGUCACUGAUACGUCUUCAGAGACGGACAAAUGCAACCCCGGAAAUGACGUCACAACGAUCACUAUUAGCGACGAUGACGUCACAAGCAAGCAUUGUUUGUCAUCAACCGCUCCGCUCCGUUGGUUCCACGUGACCACCGCCAUCUUCCAAGUCAUGAGCUUCAGUGUUGCCAUAUUUGUUUCCGUCAUAUACGCAACCACUGAGUGGAAAUCGAAACGUGCAACACUGGAUUUCUCCUUCCAGAACCUCAACCUACAUUUCGCGAACACAUUGUUAAUGUUCUGUGACGUCAUAAUCACCAAUAUCCCGACCCGACUUUUACAUUUCAUCUACGUUUGUUUAUUUACACUAAUAUAUGAUCUUUAUUUGAUGACGUUGCACUUCACAGGUGCUGAGUCAGCACUUUACAAAAUCGUGAAUUGGAAUAAUGACGUCACAUGGGUUGUUUGUUUUUACAUUGUGAUGAUUUUCAUUGUUUCUCCAUUCACACACUCGAUCAUGUUUCUAGUGUUUACGAUAAAACGCUCUGUGACGUCAUACUGCCGACGAUUGUGACUUAGAUUAGUUCGUGUUACGUAACAAUAAUGUAACGAAUUAAUGUAUUCUUGGAAAGUAUUGUGACGUAAUAAAAAUAUUUAAUCUGGAAUAUUUGAAACUCACCGUUGGGUAUUUA